AUGUGUUUCUACCGUGCCACCGUAUACGAGUGCAAGCACAGUGAACUCGGCAAAAAGGUUACAGUCUGCAAAUUGCAGAGGGACCUCCUCAAGUACACGGAAAGUGCUACUAGUCACACAUGCAUCGAGCGCCGUGUACACUCGAUGAACUGCGUCCGGAAGGCUGGAGUGUGUGACAAGUGCAAGCGUCUGGACACACUCAGAGACCGCACGGCAGAUGCGUUCAAGAGCCUACAGAACACGCUACGAAAGCGCAACGUUGUCGAUGACGAUUCUGGGGGUGAUGACCUUAGAGCUCUCGAGACCUUUGAGGCUGCCGAGGUCCCCAAGGUUGAACUUGAUUCGGAUGAUGAUAGUACUGCAGCUCACGAGAUCUUUGAGCUUAUCCCGACUCCUAGGCUUGACAUGACCCCUGACGAGCUUGAUGACGAGGGUGCCACUUCAUCGAAGGGAGAGACUUCUGCGGCUUCUGAGGUCUCGGAAACCUCUGAAACCCAAGGUGCCUCUGAGUCUUCCCGCGAAACGGUCGAGGCUAUUGACACAGCCAAGAGUAUUGUCGAAGAUGAGGCUACGGGAGAGCCGCAAGGCUCUUCUACUUGA